CCGUGGACUCAGAGGGAAGUGCACGUCCUAACCUCUGCUGCUCUGUUAAGUACAAACCCUAUAAGAGAAGGAAGUUGCAUUGGCUAUCUCUCUGCUACGUCAAUCUCUAUAGGGAGCCUCAGAACCUAUGUCAGUUUAUAGGGAGACUCAGAACCGAGGUCAGUCUAUAGGGAGCCUCAGAACCUACGCCAGUCUCUAUAGGGAGCCCCAGAACCUACGCCAGUCUCUAUAGGGAGCCUCAGAACCUACGUCAGUCUAUAGGGAGCCUCAGAACCUACGUCAGUCUAUAGGGAGCCUCAGAACCUCCGCCAGUCUCUAUAGGGAGCCUCAGAACCUACGUUAGUCUCGAAGGGGCGUCACAUAGGCUACCACAGACAACUACAGGGACUCACAUAGACCUCACCGAGACUUGGGAGACUGAAGAAGCGUCACCUGUAAGUCUUCACGUCAGCUACAGGAUGUCAAGGGAUGGAAAAUGUCUCAAGAUUGCAGCAAAUUUUAACCCACCAUUUAUGACAGUAGCAGGUAGGACAACUCCCUAUCAGGUGGGCGGCUUCCUGGUGGAGGUCUUCGAUAUUUUAGCCAGAUACCUGAACACCUGUUACCAGUUCGUGGUGCCCCCCGACGGGUUGUUUGGACAUCGCCUCCCCAAUGGCACGCUGACCGGGUCUCUUGGCCUCAUCAACCGCUCAGAGGCUGACCUGACCUCGGCAUUGACCUUGACCUGGGAGAGGACUUACUACACGGAUUUCUCUGAGCCUCUCUUUAUGGAUGACUUUGUGGUGACCUACAAGAGGCCAGUGCUUGAGGCCGACCUUCAGGGCUUCAUCAAACCCUUCACGCCUCUGCUCUGGGUGUUGGUGCUGGUUAGUGUGGUGGUCACCUUCGCCUUCACCUGGGGAGUCUUCAAAGCCAGUCACCUCCUCCACUACACCAGAGUUGAAGGUGAAGGAACUGGAGUAACGGAGGAGAGGAAAGGUGGAGACUUAAUCUACACAGCUGAGAAGUCCAUCCUGUGGACCUACUCACUCCUGGUUGGCCAGUCCGUACCUUGGGAACCCCAGAGGGCGUGGGUGCGGGUGUUGCCGGGUUUUUGGCUGCUGACGACACUCAUCCUGGGGUCGGUGUAUCGCUCCAACCUGAAGGCCAUGUUGAUCAUGCCCAAGGUGCGCCUCCCCUUCAACACCAUCCAAGAGCUGGAAGCCACGGGUAUCUCUCUCUGCGUGCCGGAGGGUAACGCUGUCCACCAGGCCAUCAUGGAGGCAGAUGUCACCUCCAAGUUGGGGUCCCUCAAAAAACAGCUGAUUGUGCCGGUGGACAUGGUAAAGGCCGCCAAAGAUUCGAAGGAAGGAGACUUUGCCUGCUCCACACCUCUGUUCAUCGUUAUGUUCUACCUCAACCUGUAUAAACUCACGGAUGGUGAGUGUAUACUGUACAUCAUGUCUGAGAGGAUCCUGGGGGCCAGAUCAAUGGUCUUUAUGAUGCCUAAAGGAUCACCCCUGAAGACACGAGUGGACAGAGUCAUCCGCGGAUUAAAAGAAAUGGGCAUCUUGGAACACCUGGUGAUGCGGUCCAUGCCUCACGCCGCCUUCUGCAUGAAGCCAGUGACGGCCACCGUUGACACCCAGGAGCUGAGAGCCCUCGAGGUGACUGACUUCUACGGCGUCUUCGCCAUCUACGCCGGCGGUGUCAUGUUGGCCGCCCUCACUUUCUUCCUGGAGCUGAUCAUUGGUCAACCAUGAGGAGGAGGACGAGUGGAGAUAUGAUGAUGAUGAAGAAGAGAAAGGGUGUGUGGUGGGUGCAGUUGAUACAUUCAUAACUGGUUGUUCGAGACAGUUUUUUUUACUUUGGUUCAGUCAUUGGUUUAGACAGUUUUUUCUUUUAUUAAUUGAUUACGUUGUGCUGCCAAUUAAGUUAUAGAGUAUAUGGGAGUUGAGAGUAGUAAUGUGUGUAUUUAUUUAGUGAUAUAUUAUUUAGCCAAAAGUUUAGACAACUAUCGUGAUAAACUUUUUUUGAGAGUGAGAAUUGUGAACUCUUGGAAUAAUCUGUCGGAGAGUGUUGAGACGUCACCUAGUGUGAGAGUAUUCAAAACCAAAUUUGACACACUGACGGAGGUGCAGAUACAAACAAACCGAUCAGUGACAGAGAGGAGAAAGUAGUGGGGAUAAUGGUAGUGGUAGCUGGGGCAGAUCCAGG